AUGGCCAGGAGAACUCCGAGCCCGCGGGACUGCUGGAUGUCCAUUUUGAGGGUCUGCACUUGCUGUGUCGACGACCGCGAUAUUGACGUGCCGUCGCAGUCCCUCCUGCCGCCCGCGCAGCAGAACACGCACUCCGUCGAGCGCUCCGCGCCAACAGAGGACGGCUCCGCACCAGCCCCGACCGCUGCGCCCGCCACCGCGCGCAGCCCGAGCGCCGCGCCGAAGGGCGACCCGCUCGCCGGGACCGUUCCAGCCUCAUCCACCGUCGACUCGCUCGAGUCGUACAACGCGAUGCUCGGCUCGCUCGCGUCGGCGGGCGAGAUCGCCCGGCCCGCCUCGGUGGCGGCCGAGGAUCUCAACGUCGAAGUCUGCGCCGUGUGCUGCUCCGACAUAGUGCUGGGCCCUCAGUCGGCCAUCAAGCUGAUGAGCAUUCCUCCCGGGGACGCGCCUCGCCACUUCGACUGCGGGCACGUGCUGCACGCAGACUGCUUCGCGGUGUACAUCUGCUCGCAUGGGCACGCCUGUCCGAUCUGCAAGCUCGACCCUUCGCGAGGGGCCGACUCGCCGGUGCGCGGGGCGGGCUGCGACGGCGCCGCAGGGACGGACGCGGGAGCGGGCGGUGCUGGUGCGGAGGGGGGCGAGGAGCGAGACGAUAGCGAGCUGGGCGAGGACGAGUGGGCGCUGCAGGAGGAGCGCGACGUGCAAGCGUCGAUAGCCGCCUCUUUGCGAGCAGAGGUGUGA